CUUCCACUUUGCAUAGAAAUAUGGUAACUUGAGUGCAUAGUACAGUAGUGGAGCCUCAGGCACCAAAAGCCGAUAAGAUAACUACUAAGUUAACGAGGGGAGGCUGCUGAGUCAUGCCAGUUGCCGGGGCCACGAAGGAACCGCCCAAACAAAAGAGCGUCAUCCCCAGCCUCUCCCCAACCACCUCAAUUUCCGUCUGGGCGUCGCUUGUUCUGCCGCUUGCGUUGCGUUGUUUCUUGCUCUGCCUUCAUCCUCUAAGCUACUGUGAGCAAGCCAGUGCUAACACAGUUGGUAGUGCACACCAAGCUAGCAUUUGUGCUCACAUCCACCUUGCACACUGCAUUCCAACCAUCGGUCUACUAUCUAGAUUCUGGUACCCGAGCAUACCAUAUACAUCUCAAAGUGGAUCGGGUGAUUGAGAUCGAGCCCACCAGGAUACCCAAAGUGUCACUUUCAGUGGGUAAGACAUCCCGCAUUCCAGCUCAAGUCAAUCAAUCAUACAUUCGUCUCUAUCCAUCAAAGAUCAAUCAGUCAAUCUAUCAAUCA